AUGGCUGACUAUAGUGUAGCCCGAUUUGUUUUUAUAUUGGCAAUGUUUACGGCCCCGGUGUUGUCUCAACCGGGGUCUAACCUGACAGGCGAUACGGAGCCGGGACGAAGUCUUCCCUCGCAACAAUAUGAAAUCUUAUGUAACAGAACCGUCGACAUGUUUUUCGCCAUUGACGGCUCGGAUAGUUUGACCGACAACGAUUUCUUGUUGGAAAAGGCUUUCGUUAAAGAAGUUAUCGAGGGACUGUACCUUAACGAAAUCGGCGGUAUAGUCAUUGGUAUAGUCGUCUUCAGUUCGUCCAUCGAAGUCACCACCGACUUUGAUAUGAGAAACAAAGAAUCUAUCUUCCAGAGAAUUGAUCAGUUAGAACAACCAAAAGAUGGUACAAAUACUUUCUUGGCCAUUGAGGAAGUUCGCAGACAGCUACUUAACUUCGGCCGCUCCAAUGUUGAGAAGGCCGCGAUCGUAAUUACGGAUGGACGCUCCAAGAAUUCAGAAAGAACGAUUAACGAAGCAGCCCAAACCAAGGACAGUAACAUCACCUUAGCCGCUGUGGGAGUGGGCACUCUCAUUGACCGAAAAGAGCUGGAAGGAAUAGCUUCUGCCAAUCACUUAGUCUGGGAGACACCAGACUUUAACACUUUAAGGAACCUGACAAUCAAUGUUACUGGAGUUUUGUGUCCAGAACUUCUUCCACCCACAACCACAACAACAACAACUACAACCACUACUACGACUACAACUACAACGACUACAACAACUCCUACACCAACCACUACUACUACAACCACCACAACAACAACUCCUGCACCAACCACAACCACCACCACAACAACAACUCCUGCACCAACCACAACCACAACAACAACACCUGCACCAACAACGACAACAACAACCCCUCCGCCCACUACGACUACAACAACAACUCCCCCUCCCAGAAACCCACCAGGUCCUUGUGAGGACAACUGUCGUUUUGAAAACCGCAUUGGAUAUAAAGAACAUCCAGAAUUCUGCACAUCUUUUUACCACUGUGAAAUGAAGUCCAGCAGCGUUAUUUUAGGAACCGAGAGAGAGUGUCCGGAAGGAUUAUUCUGGAAUCAGAGACUGCUUACUUGUACUUUUCCCAAACAAGUGCAAUGUGACCUUGACCCUUGUAUUGACAACAUCUAUGGCUAUUACCUUCAUCGUUCCAACUGCAACUCCUACUGGGUGUGUGAUGGCGACAGGACAAAAGAACUUAGAUGCUGUCCUCUGGGUAUGAGCUUUAGCCUCGACACCAGGAGGUGUGAACUCUCCCCAUGCGCACAAUCUUGUGUUCUGGAUGAAGGCAAGCAGGACGACUUCAUUCCAUUGUGCCUCAAGUACGCCCUUUUUUCGGAUCCUAACAAAUACAUCGAGUCUAUUCCGGGCUACCCCUUCCCUAUUCAAAGGUUUUGUCCAGCUGGACUGGGGUUUAACAACUUCACCUGCGAUUGUGACAUCAAAAUGAAGACAACCCCACCACCCCCACCACAGUGCACACCGGAAGUGUACCUGCCUCUGAAUAAUGACUUCAAAGAUUACUCUGGAAGGAACACCUUUAUCCAGAACCAUGGCGCUGUGAUUGAGCGAACUAAUGCUCCCCAGGGUACUGUCGGUGGCGGUGCCGCCAAAUUCGACGGCAAAAGUUACCUAAGUAUUCCUAGUUACAGCAACGCAUGGUUUGGCAAACGUUUGAGGAUUACCUUCCGGUAUUACCCCUUGCCAACAAUAAGUUUAGACAGCCGCCAGGAGGCGCUCAUCACCAACAGUGCCUGUGAUCAGCCAGCCACGAUCGCCAUUGCUUUCGACCGAUACAGGGAAGGGACUUACUGUUCUAUAACCACCGACGGGAAAGGCAACCAAGGAAAUUUGUUACCUUCGACGACGGUUUUGAAGGGCUGGAGAGAAGUCAGUUACAUAUACGAUGGCAAGAACUUACGACUGGAGGUUGGACCGGACACUGAUCUGGCUUCUGCUUUUGGGGCCAUUAGUACGUCAUCAGCUUCACUGAAGAUAGGAGCCCAGUGUGACCAGUUCCAGGGAUUCACAGGAUAUAUCGAUGAGGUGAGGAUAUCGAAAUGCCUGUAA